AUGUUAACCAAUGUACUCAAUGCCCGUGUUGGCCUUAUCCUUCGUUCAUUUUACUUUACAUGUCUUGCGAGUAUGGAAAAUGAGUACUUGCCAUCGCUGCAUAUUGUAGCCUUCAUCGCCGCACUGUCGGGUCUAAUUAUCUAUUUCGCCGUUCCUUACUUCCUCUCACCUCUUUCAAAAGUACCCAGCAUUCAUUGGUCUUCCGGAUAUUCUUCUCUCUGGAUAACAUGGACUCGAUGGCGUGGUCAAGAGCUUGCUGCCGUAUAUCAAGCUCACCAGAAUUUGGGUCCUUUGGUCAGACUAGGCCCCAAGGACCUCAGCGUAUCAUGCUAUAGCGAGGGUGUCCGGAAAAUCUAUGGAAGUGGCUUUGACAAGCCUAUGUACUAUGAUUUCUUUAGUUAUUAUGGAAAGCCAAAUUCAUUCUGUAGCUUGACACAGCAUGAUCAUACCUACCACCGAAAGCGCAUUUCAGGGGUUUAUACGAAGUCGGCACUGUUCAAGUCUGAUGAGCUUCUCAUCAUGGCCCAGAAGAUGCUUUAUGAUCGCUUCAUUCCAUCCCUCAUGACCCAAUCCAGACAAAAUCAGCCAUCUGAAUUGCUCGAGAUCAGCUACUCUCUCUGCAUUGAUGUAGUGACGCAAUUCAUUUUUGGCUAUAAGUCUGGUUCUAACUUCAUCGAAGAUUCUCCGCGCGAAGUCAGGGAGUGGCUUGAACACUAUGAGAAGAGGUUUUGCUCAGAGGCGUUCUGGAGUCAAGAGCUGCCAACGACCACCCGUGUUCUCAAAUUCCUGGGUGUUGAUUUCUUGCCUGAAGGCUAUGUCGAAUCGACACAAUACUUGGAAGACUGGAUGAUGAAAAUGUGCGACAGCGCUGACGCGGUACUCGAUGAUGAGUACAUGAAACCAGAAGACACGCCGCUUGUCUACCAACAAGUAAAAUUAGGACAAGUUAAAGUUUCUCCCGACAAGAAUUUGCAACAAGAUCGUUUGGCAGUUGCGAGUGAACUUUUUGAUCACAUGUCUGGAGCUCGUGAGGUUCUUGGCCUUGUGGUUGCCUACACGAUUUACUACAUAUCCAGGCAUCCCAAUGCUCAGGACCGUCUCCGGGAUGAGCUGGCGACAGCGGGUGUUUCCAUGAAACAACCGUCCACGGACGACGAGAAAACCACUAUGCCAGAACCAUCUGUAUUAGACAAGCUUCCAUACCUGUCGGCAAUACUCAUGGAGUCCUUUCGCAUGCGUCCUAAUAGUACACCUUUGCCACGAAUAACACCACAUGAUCGAUCGGUAUCCCUCGCAGGCUAUCAUGACAUCCCUCCUGCAACAAGGGUGAAUACGUUUCAAUGGCUCAUACAUCGUGACCCCACCAAAUGGAAGGAGGUAGAUGAGUGGAAGCCGGAAAGAUGGCUCGAGAGCAAAGAUGACAAAGAAGGUGAAAGCCGGCUUUGGGCUUUUGGCAGCGGUCCCCGGAUGUGUAUUGGAGUCAACUUCACAUACUACAUCAUGCGGUACAUGUUGGUGGCAAUUUUCACAAACUUUCGUACUACAGUAAUUAAUCCGGAGACGUUUGGUCAAUUUCCAGCUGGAUCACUUGAAGACAAGCUAUGGGUCUCAUUCUGGUACGGAACCAUGGCCGGAAUCACUGACAGUAAUUCGGAGGGCAUGCUGUCUCUCGUGUUUGUAGGCUUAGCUUCUCUAUGGGCUGGUUAUGAGGCAAAAGCUUCAUUUUCAUUCAGUAGCCUGCGUGCUCGACGUCUAGGUUACAGAUACAGCCAUCUCUCAACCUCUCAAGGCUAUAGUGACAACGAUGGAGAUGCCGACCCGAAGGAGCUGAAACAAUUCUCUGAUCGACUCCCAAAGACGCUGGCAUUAACUUUUCUUGUUAUUGAUUUGAUAUUUGUGCUGAUACGGCUGCUACCUAUCGAGGCGGCUCAGCCACCUCUCCCCCAAAUUAUAGCACGUAUUCUGAUUGGAAUGCAAUUAGGUUUACUCUUUGGUGUUUCAAGCCCUGUGAAGAGAUUCAAUAUUGGUUGCUGCGCCGGAACUUCCUGCUUUGUUUCUAUAGUUGCAUCUCUCUAUCACGUGUACUGGGUAUAUCGAGGAACCCCGGAGGCAACCAGAAGCAUCGGGUUCCUAGUUGUCGGUGAAUUGAUAUCUCUUCUACUGGCGGGAAUCUGUGCAUUUCUACUUCCUCGUAGACCUGGCGUGAUUUAUCAUGGGCGACCAGUAGAUGGACAGCUCACUGUCUCAGCAAUUGAAAGAUACUCAUUUAGCUGGACACAAUCGCUACUUACUAGGGCCAAGGUUGAGGGCAGACUGGAGUAUGAGGACUUGCCAGCCUUGGAUCAAGCAGGCCGAUCUGAUGAACUGCUAUCUCAAAUCUCGGAGCUUACGAAGCGCAGAAGUCGAUCGCUAUGGCUAACAGUCUUCCGGGCGCAUCGCGCAAAGUUCUUCUUGCAAUGGAGCUUAACCAUCGCGUCAGGGUUCGCCUUAUACGCACCUCAACUAUGUAUGCUCCAAAUCCUCACGCUUCUCGAGCAACGAGGUGACGCACAUUUCAAUUCUUUGGACGUUUGGUUUUGGGUCGUGGCUUUAGGCCUUGCAAAGAUGGCACAAGUAGUGGUCGAGUCCUGGUUGGAGUGGACUAAUUGGGCGCUUUUAUCUGUCCCAGUACGAUCACAGCUCGCGGCAAUGAUCUUUCGGAAGUCUUUACGCACGAAAGAUAUCAAAGGGACCGAAGUCGGUGAUGAGAAAGAAGCUGAACAGAGCUCGGUAGACGUGGAACCUGGUGACGAGGUACCAGAAGAUGAAAACUUACUAGGCGACUCAUCUAGAGCCAACGAGUCACCCGACAAUGAGGAGCUAACAAAAUCUGGCGAGGAAGAGGACGAAACUUCUUCCGGGGUGCACCAAGGAUUCAUCAAUCUGGUGGGCUCUGAUGCCGUCCGCAUUUCCAACUUCGCUGCGGAAAAUAAUCUAUUUCUUAGCACUCUUGUUAAUUUAUCAUUCGCGCUCUUAAUUCUAUUCCGACUUCUGGGUUGGCAAGGUGUCUGUGCUGGCCUUGUUAUGCCAAUCAUGUUGACGCCUCUCAAUCUCCGAGCUACACGUUUAUAUUCAGAUGCCCAGGGCUCCGUUAUGUCUAUUCGAGAUCAGAGGAUGGCUAUUGUUGGUGAGGCAUUACAAGGAAUUCGUCAGAUUAAAUUUACCUCCCUUGAAGGACGUUGGCAAGCGAUGAUCAUGACAAUCAGGACCAAGGAACUGAAAGAACAAUGGCUCGUUUAUGUUCUUACUAGCGGUCUGCUUUGUAUCUGGGCAUCUGCACCGCUUCUGUUCAGCACUGUGGCGCUUGCUGUGUAUGGUUGGCAAAAUGGCGGAAUGUCACCGGCUGUGGCUUUUACUGCACUCUCAAUAUUUGGGACUCUCGAAUAUGCCUUAAGCGUUGUACCUAACCUCAUUACAGAAGCCAUCGAUGCAAAUGUAAGCGUCGGAAGAAUCGAGAAGCACCUUGAAAGAGAAGAGAAGACAAUGCCUCAAAUGACAGGUGAAAUUGUUCUUUUCAAUCAUGCGACAGUUCGUUGGCCGUCCAAUGUUGAAUCUAGUGAUGCAUUUUCGCUCAGAGAUUUGGAUCUGGAAUUUCCUAAGUCCGAGCUUAGUAUUAUUUGCGGAAAGACAGGAUCUGGCAAGAGUCUUCUCCUUGCUUCUAUCUUAGGCGAGUCAGACGUUACUGCUGGUAGUAUCAGCCUACCAGGGACUCAAUCGGUAGAUGCAGAAGAAGAAUGGAUCGAUCACUCAUUAGUUGCGUAUGUCGCUCAGAUACCAUGGACUGAGAAUGCCACUAUCCGCGACAACAUUCUGUUCGGCCUUCCGUUUAUUCGCGAGCGUUACGAACAAGUUGUCUGGGCAUGCGCGCUUGAAACAGAUAUUGAAAUCAUGCCAGAUGGAGAACUAACUGAGGUGGGGGCUAAUGGUAUUAACUUAAGUGGCGGUCAAAGAUGGAGAAUAACUUAUGCGCGAGCGUUGUACUCGCGCGCUGGCACGCUCGUACUUGAUGAUAUCUUUAGUGCUGUUGAUGCGCACGUUGGCCGUCACAUUCUCGAGCAUGGACUACUGGGUUCCCUCGCCGAAGGAAGGACAAGAAUCCUGGCAACUCAUCACGAGGAUCUUGCUUUACCACACGCUUCUUAUAUCGUCCGACUAUCAAACUCCACUCACGCCAGUAGCAUUGCUCGGACAAUAACUCAAAAGCCUCAAUCCACGUCACGUGUUAGAUCUUCGACCGCGAAGGCGAAGCAGAGUCGAGACUCAAGCUAUACCUCAGACUCCUCCUUUGAGAAUCUAGAAAUCAUCGAGCCACCCAAACCGACAAGAUUUGUGGAAGAAGAAGUUCGCGAGCGUGGGCGCAUUAAGUGGACUGUAUACAAAGUUUAUAUGAGCGCUGCUGGAGGAUUUCGCUUUUGGUUCACCGCAUUAGGCGUCUUCGUUUUGGCGCAAGCCGCACUACUGGGUCGUGCUUGGCUUGUGAAGCUGUGGACCGAGAACCACAACAAUGUUAAGCCCACUGUAGAUUCUCGCCAAGAAUCAUCUAAUUUGGGUAACGGCCAUCUAUACUUUUACCUUGGUUGGUACCUAUUCAUAUCACUUAUGGCCGCCGCACUGUCAGGGAUCAAAUUUGCCUUUUUUUGCCAUGGUUGUAUAGAAGCAUCACGCAAAUUGUUUGAUGCAUUUACUUUCACUGUACUACGUGCACCGCUGAGGUGGCUUGACAAAGUACCACAGGGAAGAGUUCUCAAUCGAUUUUCCUCCGACUUCACCGCCAUCGAUACUAAAUUGGCCCGAGACAUUAGCCACUUUUGGGAAGAAGGUCUUGCCUUCCUUGCAAUCGUUACUGCCGGCCUAUUUGUUUCAAUCUAUAUGUUAAUACCAUCCCUAGUUCUGAGUGCCGUUUCCGUUUACUACGUAGCCGAGUAUCUACCGGGUGCAAGAGAGAUCAAGAGACUUGAAGCGACAGCACAGUCACCGGUAUUCGAACAUUAUGGAUCCACUUUGACAGGAAUCAUCACUAUUCGUGCUUUUAGGAAAACCGAUGAGUAUCUAACUCUCAUGCACGACAGAUUAGAUGAAUAUGCCCGUGCAACGUGGAAUCUUUGGCUGACACAGCGAUGGAUGUCAUUUCGUAUGAGUGCUAUUGGCGCUGCAUUUUCUUUUGCUGUAGCUUCCGUCGUCGUAGCAAGACCACAGAUUGAUGCAGCGCUUGCUGGGUUCGCGUUGAGCUUCUCGCUCAAAUAUAGCGAAGCAGUUGUUGAGAUGAUUCGAAGAUACUCGGCAAUAGAAUUGGAUAUGAACUCCACUGAACGAGUAGUUGAAUACACGAAUAUGCCGGUAGAAAACCAAUCUGGAAUUUCACCGCCUCAAAACUGGCCAGCUCAUGGUGAUAUCGAAAUUAAAAACUUAGUAGCAGCAUAUGCACCAGAGUUGCCACCUGUGUUGAAAGGUAUCACAUUAAAAAUCAAGGGAGGUCAAAGAAUAGGAGUCAUUGGAAGAACAGGCAGUGGAAAAUCAUCACUCACCUUGGCGCUUUUCCGUUUCAUCGCAGCUCGCUCUGGUAAUAUCAUUAUCGACGGCGUGGAUAUUUCGGAAAUCACGCUCCACGAACUACGAAGUCGUCUGGCUAUCAUUCCUCAAGACCCUGUAUUAUUUUCUGGAACCCUGAGAUCUAACCUUGACCUUUUCGGCGUCUACGACGAGGAAGUUCUCUUACAAGCACUUAGACAUGUUCAUCUACUACAGACACCCCUCAACACACACGAAGAAGACCAAAAACAAAGCCAAGGAAAAACCACAUUCGAAAGUCUAGAUUCAGCCAUCUCCGAGGGUGGACUCAGCUUAUCUCAGGGUGAAAGACAGCUUGUCUGCUUAGCCCGUGCAAUUGUAUCGCGACCCAAAAUCAUGGUUCUGGAUGAAGCUACCAGUGCGGUGGAUAUGGCUACCGAUACGUUGAUCCAACGCAGUAUCCGUGAGCGUUUCGAUGGUAGCACUUUAAUCGUUAUCGCGCAUCGGUUGAGCACUAUUGCCGAUUUUGAUAAAAUUCUGGUUUUAGAUAAUGGAGAGGUGGUGGAGUUUGAUGAACCGAAGAAGUUGUUGCAGAAUAGAGACGGGGCGUUUCGUAAGAUGUUGGAUCACAGUGGUGAGAGAGAGAAAUUGGAGAGGCUAGUUAUGGAUACGUAG